CGCGUCGCGGCUAUUUAAAAUGGGAUCCGCGAACUCGCGCCGAAUCAUAAGUCGACUCGGGCGAUACCCGGAAUCGUUUGGUGAUCUUGGGAGUACAAUCUCGGUCGGAUCUUCACGUUCCACCUGCAAAAUGUCAAUUGUGCCGCUCGUUUUCCGAAAUUGGUGGGACGACUUCGACCGUCCCGUCUCGCGGCUCUUGGACCAGCACUUCGGCAUCGGUCUCCACCGUGAUGAUCUGUUAUCAUCCCUUUCCGGUCUCGGCUUCGAUCGGCCGGCCCCACGCUUCGGGAAUCGGUACUAUCGACCGUGGGGGAACGUGACGCGUCAAAACUCGAGCGGGACCAGCACGAUCCAGUUGGAAAAUGACAAUUUCCAGCAGGUGAUACUCGACGUGCAACAAUUCUCACCGGACGAGAUCGCGGUGAAGACGAUCGACAAUCAAGUCGUCGUUGAGGCCAAGCACGAGGAGAAGCAGGACGAGCACGGCUACAUCAGCAGGCACUUCGUACGCAGAUACGUCCUGCCCCCGUCUCACGACCUGGUCAACAUCACCUCGACCCUCUCCUCGGAUGGUGUGCUAACUAUCACGGCGCCCAAGAAGAACGUGACGCCGGCUGGCACGGAAAGAGUCAUCAGCGUCGUUCGAACGGGAGUACCAGCUGCCAAGCCGGUUCCCGUCGAAACAACUGCUACUGGUACUACUGCUACAACUACGACCACCACUACCAUCGACUAAAGAAUUUAAUUGUCCGAAACAUUCAUUCCGACGUUCACUUCAUUCUUUUACUUUCUCGAUUCUAAUUUACAGCAAUAUGAUAUUGUAAAAUAUGACAGAAUCGUGACACUUCUAAUAAUUCUCCAAUAUUUAUUUCACGAAGGUAUAAUAAAUUGUUAGUGCAUAAUAUAAAUAUAUUUUGUUACGUCGUAUGAAUUAUUAUAUUCUACAACUGCGUAAAGUUCUCAUGCUAGUUUCCAAUUUAUUUUAUGUGAAUUAACUUUAGUACUUCAGUUUAAUUGAUUUUCUCUCUUUGUUUUUUUCCGAUUAAAAUCAGACAGAUGUAACUAAUAGAUCUCUGACAAUGAGAGACAAAACAGUUAAACAUCAUUUAAAAAUCACCUUAACGAGAGAAGCCAGAUCUAAUAGAAAAUAAUAUAAUUUAUAUGUGUGUAUAACUGGAAUUUAGCGAUUGUCAAUUAAAAAGAAGAAAUACCAGAGCGUUAAGCGUCACAUUAAAACUUGUCCGCUCAUCUUCCUUGGUAUUACUACUUUCCAAUUGCAUUAUCAAUACAGCAAAUAAAUUAUUUUCCUUAAAAAAUCUCAAAA